AUGGCCUCGGGGCAUGCAGUGCCUCUCACGGCCCAUUCACACCCUAAUGAUCCUGUCCCUGAAGAGCCUGUGGCCACGCGAAAACUCUCAAUCUCCGCCUCGCAACUUUCACACUCUCUCACCUCGAACGGUCCCUCCAGUUCAUACUCCGACAGCGCCUCGAGCGCAGACACGGCUCCCACAACCCCAACAACCGACAACCUCUCAGAUGUCUCCCUCGAUGAACUCCAUGGCCAACCACCCCAGAGUCCACAGGGCAAGAAGAGGCGGGCUUCAACGUUGUUGGUCUCACAGGACUCGGAAGAUGCGAGGCGAUUUCUGGGCGAGCGGGGUGCUUCAACCGCCAUGAUCCAGAAGGCCUGCUGUGGUGGAGGUUGCUGCAUGCUUCAAGAGUUGAAAACAAGGAGACCUCACCCGGGCCAAACCCCUCUCAAGGUCCCUCAGAACGCGGCCUACCAAAGCUUAAGGAUCAACCUGGGCCAGCUGUGUUUGGACAGUGAGCUCUCAGGCAUUGUUGAGUUGCCUCCCAAGACGGCUUCCUUCGAGCCGUUGUCGACUUCGCCUUCGCGGACCUGCGCAGAGCCUCGAAGACAUCAGAAGCCCGACGUUCUGAAGCAUCCGCCCACUUUUGUCACCCCGCACCCACCUUACGAAGUAUUCUCAGCACCGCUGUUUCAUGCUCGCGAGCUGACAAAACCGGGGGCGGAGAAAAGGACAUAUCACUUCGACAUUGACGUGACUGAUUAUCCCAAGGAAGGGGGAGACGUCGAUUUCGUCGUGGGAGGUGCCAUCGGCGUAUGCGUCCCCAACCCGCCUGACAUGGUCGACCGCAUCUUUGAUUUGUUGGGCGUCCCGAGUUUUGUGCGAGACAAGCCGAUAUUGCUGAAGACGACUGCCGGAAGGUGGCCCACGAUCUGGGGAGAAGAGGAGGCCCGAGAAUUGGUCACCACAAGACGAGAGCUGCUGACAUGGUGCUCGGACAUUCAGAGCUACCCGCCCACCAAACAUCUCUUCCGACUCUUGGCCGAGCACGCAGAAGACAAAAACGAAAAGGCCAUCUUGAUGUUCUUGUCUUCCGCCCAAGGUCAGGCCGCAUUCUGCGACCUCCGAACCGGCCCCUACAUCACCCUUCCACAACUUCUCAGUGCUUUCCCCUCCUCCAGGCCUCCUCUCGACCAUCUCCUUUCCGUCCUCAAUCAACUCAUGCCCCGAUUCUACUCACUCUCCCAGGACCCCACCAUCUCCUGCCAGCGAGACGGUACCAAAUGUCGACGUUUGAUUGAAAUUGCGGUGACGGUCCACGAGGCGGAUGACUACGCCACCGGAAAGCGAACCGGUGUGGGAUCGGGAUUUUUGGAGAGACUGGCAAAGCAGGUCAUCCAGGCGGAGCAGGAAGGGAAGAACCCCCGAGACCUAGAUUUGAGGAUUCCCAUGUUCCGCGGUCUCAUGGCCAACCCCUUGGCCCGCGAAUUCGUCACCGAUGGACCCAUGCUUCUCAUCGGCGCCGGGGUUGGUAUUGCUCCCUUCCGAGGUUUUGUCCAUCGUCGACUGAAGUCGGCCAACUGCGCGAACAAAGUCUGGGUGCUGCAAGGAGUGCGGGACAGUCUUGUGGAUGAGCUCUACUCGGGUGACUGGGGCGUGCACGAGGACAAAGUGAAAAAAGUUGUUCAAUCUCGACGAGGAAAUGGACGUUACGUUCAAGAAGAAGUCCGCGCCCAAGCUGACUUGGUCUGGUUCAUUAUCAAUGCUGUCGAUGGAAGGAUCUUUGUCUGUGGAAGCUCAAAAGGCAUGGGUGAAGGUGUGGAGGCCGCGCUGGUGGAUGUGGCCAUGGCCAAGGGCAAAUUGAAUCGUGAGGAGGCCAAGAGCUUCUGGGACGAGAAGAAGAGUUCAGGUCAGUAUAUUGCAGAGACCUGGUGA